AUGGCUAUGCAAAGUCUGUAUCUGAAAGAACAUGAAGGGAUUGCACACAAUUUUGUGGGGCAAUUGUCGUCUGGUAAUAGUGGUUCAGCAACAGCAACAUGGUGGAGUGGUUUUGGAUCUCAGUCUGUUUAUGGAGAGACUGGUGGUGGACAAAUCAAAUCGUUUUCGUUGGAGCCGUCUUUCGCGGUUGGUGACCAACUUGCUGGAAAUAAGCAGUCUGGUAGAGGAGCUGAGCAUGUGAUGGGGAAAGGGCAUGGCAAUCAGUUUACCAUCUUUCCAGACGAUUUUAAAAUGUCGGGUGAUGCGCAAAAGCCUCAUACAGCCAUAUCACUGCAGUCAUCACUCCCCGAUACCCCGACUCGUUUCGAGCUAGGAUUUAGUCAGCCAAUGAUCUGUACGAAAUAUCCUUGCGCAGAUCAGUUUUAUGGACUCAUUUCAACUUAUGGACCUCAAAUUCCGGGACGCAUAAUGCUGCCACUUAACAUGACAUCUGAUGAUGGACCGAUUUAUGUAAAUGCUAAGCAGUACCAUGGAAUCAUUAGACGCCGGCAGUCUCGCGCCAAAGCUGUUCUUGGCCAGAAAUUGAUCAAACGUCGCAAGCCCUACAUGCACGAGUCUCGUCAUCUCCAUGCAAUGCGGCGGCCAAGAGGGUGCGGUGGCCGUUUCUUGAACACGAAGAAAUCAUCUAAAGGAGAUGGUAAAAGUGUAAGCAAAGUGCAUAAAUUCUGCGGUCAACAAUUGCAGUGCAGCGGCUCUCCGAGUUCUGAACUCUUUGAAUCUGAUGUUGGAACUUUAAACUCGUCAAAAGAAACUAACGGUAGCAGUCCGAAUAUUUCUGGGUCCGAGGUGACUAGUUUGUAUUCGAGGGGAAAUCUUGGCAGCUUUUCCGUCAAUCAUCUUGGACCUAGUGUCCACUCGUUGGCAGACAUGAUCGAUGGUGGGCGUGGCGUUAUCAUGCCUACCAAAUGGGUUACAGCAGCUGGCAACUGCUGUAAUCUUGAAGCUUGA